GGGCGUGGUUUAGUGUCAGCUCAGCGUUAGCCUGUCAGUUGGAGCGAGAUGAGCAGAGCAAAGUGUCACUGACAGAAAUUUUCGCACUAAAGUAAGCUGCUGUAAAACAAAUGGAGCUGUUUAAGCAACUUCACUCUAGCUGAUUGGACCAAAAUGUACGUGAGUCCUGACCAACAUGGCCCACUGGGAUAGUUCGAGUAGCAUGGAGCCAACAGGCGACUGCUCCCCUACAGUUCCUGAGUCAGAACUGUACCGAAGCCUCCAGGCUGUGCUGCCCCGUUGUACCGACCAGCAGCAAGGCCCAGACUGGUGUAACAAAGGAAUGCUGAGAUGGACACUUCACAAGAAGGUUCAAAACAAUCCUGCCAACAGCUUGUCUCUGCUGUGGGUGCUGAUAAAGGAGCUGGAAAAGGCGGAAAGAUGGGACUCUCGCAAAUCCAUCAUUCCUCUGCUCCAUACACUGAUGCACGCCAUCAUUCAGACGGCCUACAUCCCAGAUGAACUGUACAAGCGUGUGUAUGACUUCUGUAAGCGGCUACUGACCUAUCCUCAGCCUUAUUGCACCGUGGGCCUGGGCUACACAAGACAAAUAAAAACUGAACGCUUCAUCCCAGGCCUGAUGUACCAGAGGAUGAUCACAGCAGAGCAGAAGCUAAAAAACGAGCACUAUCCUUUUCAGGAGAGGGUUUUUGUGUUAGCCGAUCCAGAGGUCUUCUCUGGUUCCUUGAUACCUGCUGUAGUGGAGGACUUUGAGGUGUCUGCUUCGGGUUCGGCUGGAUUCCAGAGUCCGCUGGAACACAUGCGCAAUGUGGUUCAGCACACCAUACAGGCGGCGUUAGGACCACAGCAUUGCCACGGUCCAAAACUGGCUCAGGCACUCAGGGACAUGGGCCAAGAAGUGGAGCCAUACUUUCAGGAAGUGUUGGCAACUCUGGAGCAGUGCGUGGAGGAGGGCUACAGAGGAGAAGGGGGGAUGCUGAACAGCCGUCUGCAGCAGCUGUACAGCGAGAUUGUCUCUGACUCUGAUGCAGAGCCUUUGUGUGGAGGACCCAUGUGCGACUGCCCGAUUCCCAACCCUGAGAUGAGCUUCUACCUGUGGACAGAAGAUCUGGAUAUCUGGCGGGAGCUGUCAAAGUGGUUCCGAUCCAGCAGCAUGUCAGAACACUUCUCCUCCUUCAGCCAGGAACAGGAGGACUUUGAGCUCGGCGAAUCACCUUUCACUCCAGCGGACAUGCCUCGCUUCUCUAUUAUGUCCAACGACAGUGGCAUUGAAAAGGACUUGCCCCUCAGUUCGGAUUUUUCUCCAUCAACUUUACUGGACAACCCUUGUAUCGUUCCAGCGUGGGAACAGUGCAAAAAUGAGCAAGACUCGAGUAGGCUGUCACGGCGAGGAGGUAUCAAACUGAAACCGACGGCUAAGGACGGUAUGGCGCUCAUGCAAGACACGCUGGAGGACAACUCAAGUGCAGCAGGUGGAGGAGGUCCAGGGAAGGGAGGAAGGAGAGCGGCCACUCUGCAGAGGCGAGCGGGGAUGAGCAUGAUGGAGAACCACUUCCCCAAGCAGCAGCGACACUUUAUCGCAAAGAUUGUAGUUAUGGGAGAUGACAGAGUUGUGGGUCGCCUGGCUAAGGCUUAUUACUUCUACAGAAAGAGAGAAGCACGGCGGCUUUUUCUUACAAUGAGAGUCAGUCUCCAGUUCUACUACAUUCCUGUUUGCCCUGGUCAGCUGCCAGUCUCUCCUGUUACGGUAAACCUCAAUCAGUCCACGGGGGAUUCCUGCACUCUUGGUUCCUACUUGAGCAACGUGGAUCCAUGGUACAACAGCAACAUCAACAGUUUGGGAGGCAUGAUUCAUAAACUGGCUAAAUUGCAAGAAAUGAAUCCAGAGAGACCCAAAGACCCAUUCAUCUCUGAUGUCAUUGCUUACUAUGUCCGCAGCGGCCAGCAGCCUGUCUACUUCAACAUCUAUUUUGUAAAGAUUACAUUCCACAGCAUGACAAAGGAUCCAGUGGAAGAUGUGUUCCUCACUAACCUGGAAAUAGAGUUCCCAGAGUUCAAACAUAUUGCAGCUUCAAUGAAAGAUAAACAUAAGAGGAGCUCGGGCUUGGGGGAAGUCUGUGGAGUUGUUAUCUCUAUGAAUUACAAAAAGAUGACGUUGAGUGGGCGGGAUGUUGAUGUAGGAAUUUCAGCGCGAACAACAGGCGCUCAGAUUAAUGCCAUUCCCUCCAGCGAAGCAGAAGAUCUGAACUGUUUGACUCUAACAUUGAACGAAGCUCCAUCAAAGACAAAAGGCUCGAGUGGGGAAUCAAAGAUUCGAACAAGCAACAUUAAGAUUCGUACCUUGGAGAGGCGAUCGUUUACUCUCACCCUGGACAAAGACAGUCGGAGGAUUUACAAACACGUGCAGAGCGUCGAGAUCUCUCCUUGUCUGGAUCCUGGCUACUGCGUGCAGAAAUCCAUGGGGUCCAAAUUCUGCACCGAUGGAGCUAAAGAUGCUGGACUGAGCAAAUACAUGAGCAAAACUCUUCCUCUGCCAGUCAACACAUUUGCUGGCAUUAUCAACUGAUGUGUCAAAGCUGUCCUCACUUUGCUUAGUGAGCGGGAAUGAUGGUCGUCUUCCCAAACGGAUCUUCAAAGAACGACAGCAAAAGAAAGAAAACGGUUAUCUUUCAGACCUAACGAGCUGCUCCUGGACCCAAAGUGUUUCACGUCUGCCACUUUGCUCUUACUGACAUUGAUUGAGAAAGACUUUUUUUUCAAUUCAGAAGUAACUUAAGCACCACAUAUGAUCAAAUUCUGCAAGUGACUGCCUCAUCAAGUCCACUGGUUUUACAGUGUUAAGAAGUUUCAUCACGCUGCAAGAUGGGAUUGACCUACAUCAGCAUUGUGCUCUUCAUGAAAAACCUGCUGUGCACACUUUGGUGAUCACAGAUAUUCAUUAUAUUUAACUGUGCCUAAUACCAAUGAUCAAUAUUGUCCAGAGAGACCAGCAUAGAAAAUUAAGUAAGCAAAUAUACAUUGAUCAGCCACAAUAAAACCACUUGUAUUUAGCAGUUCAGGGUGCGGCCAUCAUGCAUUGUGCUUGUUCUACAAAUGGGAACCUGAGUUUGCAUCUUGGGGAGCAUUUUCAGCAGUCCUGUUUAGUCCACUUUUUAUUCAACCUCUAGUUUGUUUGCAGAGAAAAUCUGGUUUGUUUAGCAAGGAACCCAUCAAAACUCGAAUGCAGAGCAAAAAAAAAAAUAAAUAAACCAGACAUUCAACGUGAUCGUGAUGAGAAAAUAAUCAUUUCAGUCAUCAGACUUGAGACUUCACUUGAACUUGGAAUGAAGAAAUGAGACAUAACUUGGACUUAAGGAAACACGAUCUAACAUCUGUGUUUGGCACCUUGGCAUUUUUCUUGGUAUUCUAAACAGUGUUAGCCAUAGUAAAACAUGUCCUUCUAUUUACUAUGGCAUCAUGACGGUUCUUUAAGUACCAACGUUAAUCAGUUUCCAUUACCUGUCAGAGGUUUAGCUUUGUGGCUGAUCAGUGUUUGUAUUUCAGAGCAAGAAAAAAAUGUAUCGGUUAAUAAUUUGGAAGUCGUAACAACAAAUCUGCGGGGAACAUGCUUCGUGAAGGCAUCACACAAUGCAGAAGAUUUGAAGAGCUGAUCUUAACGCUUACUUUACUCCUAUUUACACACUACCUUCAAACCUUCUUCCUGACCCACACAGACACACGCGAUUAUACAAGAAUGCCCUCUGAGCUGACCUGCCACCUGCUGGAACAUCGAUCUUACUGCUCUGAUCUGAUGCUCAGGAUCUUUGUUACUGCUACCAUUCAGACAUCUAGUCCUGUCUCAUCUGUUACAUAAUGUACACUCGUUUCAAUGUGAAAUUACUGACAUUAACCUUUAUUUUGAUUGUAGACAUUUUCCAGAAUCACCUGACAUAACAUGGUGCAACUAGAAGCAUGAGCAUCGUCAGGAAUUACUCAGGACAGAAGCAACUAUUAAUUAUAAUCAAAUUAAUAGUUGGGAAGGUGCUGUUAGGCCUCUGAUUUACCCUCUUAUAAGGCAAUAUGCACUAACUACAGGGACAGUUUUUCAGGGUUGCAUACUUGCUAUUACGCAACACAGACAUGUUAUAACAUGUGCAUAGAUACAAGUAAAACAUCUUGCAGCAUUGAAGUGGACCUGCUAUACAUUAAAUGGUAUAUUUUAGUGUUAAAAUUUUAUGUUGCACUAAAUUAGCAUUUUUAAAGCUGUGUAAAGUAUAUAUUUAAAGUAUAAAAUAAGACUUGUAAUUACUGUGAAAUAUUCUAUUAAUGCAUAAUCACCAUUUGAUAUCUCUCAGCGUAGCAAGGGAGGAUUGUGAUCUGACACAACUACUGGUUUUGUUCUUUUUUCAUGGCAAAUGUAAAAGUGAAGCGAAGGUUGUAUUUAAAGGUUAGUUACCUGCAGCAGUAAGAUGUUUGACGUCUAGGUUUGACACUGAAACUGAAGCCAACGGCUCGUUAAAGAGGUGCUAAGACCUAAACGGACUUCUAGCGUCUUAAAACGACUCCAGUCUCAAAAAUGCCAGAGCAAUUUAAGUAAACUGGGUUAGUUAUUUAUACUGAUGCUGAUGAUUAAAUAUAGAGGAAACAGUGGUAGGAAGUGCUACACCGCCAUCAAUGAACUACUGAGUACAGGACAUGUAAGCUGUUAAUGAUGAAGGCCUACCUGAUAUGAAGCAGAUUUAUGGCAGAUUAAAAUUUGUUUUCGUUCAUUUUUAUACUUCUGUACUUUGAAAUGAAUUAUUUUGGGUUUUUACUGUUACAUUUUCAAGAUCAUCGUUUGUGCACUUCCUCCUACUUUGAAUCAUUGGCGUCUGAGUAGAUAAUGGCUCAGUACAGGAUUAUGAUGUGAUGAAAACAUUAAAGUGUUUCCAUUGACUGCUGUAGUAUUUUUGAGAUUGGAAGUUUUUUUUUAGAUGGUACAAAUCUGCUUUGCUCUUGGUUUCUCUCAGCUUACUAAACUUAGAUACCAAUAUUUGUAUAUUACAGGUAGCAUAUUAACAUCUUUCCAUUUUUAACAGCUUCACUUUAAAAAAAAAAAGGUCAACUAUCCCUUUAAGUUACUGUUUAAUGUAUUUGUUUUUACUGGUUAAAAUCAAGUAUAAUUUGCACCCUGAUGAGUAUGAUUUCUGUCGCUAAAGACCUCAGGAACUGGAAGUGGUGUGUGUUUAAAUGAAUGAGAUUCAUUAACCAAUUAGGUGCAUGUAUAUGUGUAUCUGCUGAACUGGCAGGGGAUUAAUCAUGGGUUUGAAAUUCAUGAUGUAUUUUGCACAUUGUUUCCUCCUUAUGUUAUGAAUAUGUGUUGCAUUCAGACUUUGGGAAUGUUAUUGUCUAAAUAAAUGAUUUGGUUUUC